AUGGCAGAAGAUAAAAGCCAAAACGAUCAGUACAAUGCUGAUGAGCUAGAAGCCCCGGAAUGGCUUAAUGCUGAGUUCAUAGCAGCAGCUCUCAGUAAAUAUGAAAAAGAGCCAAAAUUGAAAGUACUUGAUUUGAAGAACUCACCAGCAACGAAAAAGGGGGAUCACUAUGCCAGCGUGAUGUUCCGCAGUUCAGUGGAAUAUCAAACAGACAAAGGGAAAUUCUUCAAAUCUUUGAUAGUCAAAGCAAUGCCGGAACAGGAAGGUCACAAGAAGAAUAUGUUGAGCGAAACUCAUAUAUUUCAAACAGAAAUUGGCAUGUAUGCCAAAGUGUUACCCGCAUUUGAAAAAAUUCUCCAAGAAGUCGGUGAUACUGCCAAACUCUUUGUGCCUUGCAUCUAUCACAGUGUAAAACCUCGCCAGGUUUUGAUCUUUGAGGAUCUUGUGCCAAUAGGAUUUGAUCUAAUACGCGAUCGCGAUGCUACACAGGAUGAGCUACGUUGCGUAUACGCAAAGUUGGCCAAAUGGCAUGCAGCUAGCAUGAAAGUGCUAAACGAGCGCCCAGAAUUCCUCAAGGAAUUUAAAUAUGGCUUAUUUGAAAUGCCGACGUUUAUGAAUGAUCCAUUUGUUACAAAUGGCAUGCCCUCUUUUCUCGAUAUGUUGGAUAAAGUGCCUGAAUUUUGCAAAUACAAGCCUCAUUUUGAAAAGAUAAAAGACAAUUAUCUUCAACAAGCAAAAGCUAUUUUGACAGAAUAUCGGGAAAACCGCCAACCAGAUAGUUACUGUGUGCUCUCCCAUGGUGACUUCCAUUCAGCAAAUAUCAUGUUUAAGCAUAAUAAAGAAACUGAAGCUGUCGAUGACUGCAUGCUAGUGGAUUUUCAGAUAUGUAACUUAUCACCCAUAACAUCGGAUCUAACCUAUUCUAUUUACAUGUUAAUGGGACCCGAGCUUCGUAUAGAUAAUUGGGAUAAGCUACUCAAUUAUUAUUUUACCUGUUUGUUGGAAAAUCUAAGGAAAAUCAAUUACAAAGGAGAAUUUCCGACAUUAGAUGGAUUUUGGAAAAAAAUCCAUAGGCAAAAAUUUUUGGACUUUAUGUUGGUCUCUACCAUGCUACCAAUAACAUGGGCUGUCAGAAGCAAAGCAUUUGAGGUGACAGAUUUGUUACAGAAAGACGAAGUUAGACGACAAACGUAUCUUUUAGAUGGUUAUAUCAGGGAUCUAAAAGUACUACUGCCUAGAUUUGAGAAAUUGGGCUAUUUUGAUAAUCUUUAAUGAAGAACCUAAAGUGUAGUAAAAACGGCAAUAUUUCAUUUAAAUCACCUGCAAAAUUACUAAAGACCUGUUAUUAAUCUCAUUAUGCAUUUGAAUUCAACUCUUAACAUGCAAUUAUUGAAAGUCACGAACCGUAAAUCAGUGCUUCAUCCCAAUAAUUAAAUAUAAUUAAAUAUGUAAUUAAGAUAAUCACAAAAGAAAUCCCCUGACUGUAGUUGGAAAAAAACCUUAGAAUACGCCUAAUCUCGUUUUGAUAUAAGAGUUUAUAUAUGUAUAUAUGUAUAUGGGCAGCCUCUGUUCUGUCAAGGGCUAACAUAUUAGAAAUAAACUAAAAAAGUAGAAGAGAAUAAUCAGGCCCAAAAGAUUAACACUUUUG